AAUUAGAAAAGCAAAAGCUCACAGUAGAACAAUGGACGAGUCAGGCGCGAUUCUCUGCUACAUCUCUUCACUUAAGGACAUGCUCGAUCAAGUAAAUGAAGAAAUAGAGGCAAAUAUUCAAAUAACUCGAGAGAUCGAGUCAGAGAUCGUGAAAUGCACAGAGUUGGAAUCGACAUUCUUCGCCAGAGAAUCAGAGCUAACGAAGACGCUUUAUGUCUCUCAAUUUGAGAUCAAUGGACUAGUCUCCGUCACCAAUGAAGCAAGAAAAUCCGUAAAAUUGUUGGAGGAGGAAUUGUGUAGUUUAAGAACAAAGAGGGAGGAGAUGCUUAAAGGAAUGAACAAUAAAAGGGAACAGUUUUCCAUGCUGUGCCUAGAAUUUCAGAGGGACAUUGACAAAGGAGAAAACAAUGAACUUGUGAAAUUGUUGUCAGAGAAAGAGUUGUUUGAGAAUGAAAUCAGUCUCAUGGAUCAAAAAAAUGAUGCUUUAAAGAAUUCAAUGUUAGCAUUUGUGGAAGAAGUUCUUCAAGAUCUUCAGGAUUCAAACUCUGCUUUACAUGUUGAGAUACAGAACAGGAAGCACGAGAAUGAGAAAUUGCUCAAAGACAUUGAUGAUUUGAAGACUACAUUACAUUCAAGUUUCAAUCACAAUCAUUCCUAAUCACUAAUGGAUGAAGUAUAAUUACCAGAUGCAGUAGCAAGGUCAUCAUCAAUUAUAUUUCCCCUCUUGCAAUACCUACUUUAGCUGGAGCCUUAUCCAUCAAGCACACAAACAUUUCGCGAGGUAAUUGAUUAAAGUAUCUUUACCAGUCAUAAUGUUGUGAACUGCGGUAAAAACUAAAAAGCUUAACAGUACAGUAGUUGUACUGUGCUUUAUUAAAGUUGGACUGUUUCUGCUCAAAAUUUUGACUGAUAGAAUCUCAGGUAGAGGAGCUACCAAGCUAACAAGCUAACUAAGCUUUUGCAGUGAUACAGAAUUCAUUGACAGUUGGUAUUAGGGUACCGAGUCACAUGCAGGGGAAAGACUGGUCAAACUUUUGACUUCCAUAACUUGUAGAAUCGUUAUGCAAAUUUCCUUUUCAUUUAUCAGUAUUUGGGUAGGGUUCUGGCUACAGUGUAAGUUUUGCAACAGACUCGCCAAGCGUUCGUAUGUUGGGUCACCUUCAUGUAGGGGUCGGUUUUGGGUAAGUGUUUUUGGCCAUUUAUUAGAUGCUUACCAACUAAGGGACAUUUUUUAUAUAACAGAGAGGUAGAUUUGCACAGGAAAAUGAUUAGAUAAGUGGUGUAUGACUGAUCUUUGUUUUAUGGUUCUCCCUUUUUACAAAUACAUGGAUCAUAUUUAGUGGGUUCUACAUUUUAUGUGAGAUGGAAAUGGUUCUUGUUUGCAUCAAGUAGAUAAGGAUUUGUCAUGAAAAAUUGUUGUUCAUAGUUGAACUUUGACCUCUAGUAUUAGCAAUCAUUUAAUUUUAUCCAUAAUCCAUAAUCCAUAAUUGGAAUGGUGGUUGCCCUUCAUAAGUGUUUUUUGCAUAUAUUUGUAAAAACCCGAUAAUUGAACUCCAAUGCACCUCACCGUUUGAGUCACGUCUUAAUUUUGAUUUUUAUUUUCAUAAGGUUGUUGUUAGAUUUUGGUAGAAUUUCAAACAUAUCAAUGCUUAGAAGUUUUAUUAUUAUAGUUCUAUAGUUAUGAUUAGGCUUAGGACAAUAGUGGCUUAUUGAAAUAAAAAUCUAGUUAUUUUAUAGGAAACCAUUGAUUUUCAAUAAUCAUAACAUCGAUGAGUGCAACGUUCAUGGAUAAUAUUUAGCUUUUCAAGGGCCAGAGUUGAUGAGGUUCUUCUCAUCCUAGAUGUGCACCACAACCAUUGACG